CGAAAAUUUCCGAAAAUGGCGGUUACCGCUGCUCAAUUGCUCGAUGAGUUGAUGGGACGAGAUCGUAACCUUCUCCCAGAUCAGAAAGCAGACGAAAUAAGUUGGGAUUCUCCUCAGGUUUGCAAGUACUAUCUUGUUGAUUUCUGUCCUCAUGAACUGUUCAUUAACACCAGGUCUGAUUUGGGGCCGUGUGAAAAGUUACAUGAUGACGCCUUGAAGAAAAAUGGGGAAAAUAGUCAUCAUUCAAAAUCAAUGAAUAACAUGAAUGCUCAGGAAAAGCAAAUGGAAGUAUGUGAUGUAUGUGGAGCAUUUCUUAUUGUGGGUGAUGCACAGUCCAGGGUGGAUGACCACUUAAUGGGUAAACAACACAUGGGAUAUGCUAAAAUAAAAGCAACAAUCGAAGAACUCAAGAACAAAAAUCGCAAAAUAGAUGUUGAAAGAGAGGAAAUGAGACAGAAAGAGCGAGAAGCAAGAGAAACAGAAAGGGCACGCGAAAGAGAAGAGCGGAGGAAGCGCCAAGAAGAGAGGGAGCGGGAAAGGAGGAAGGACCGAGAAAGAAUGCGCUCAAGAUCGAGAGAGAGGAGACGGUCAAGAUCAAGAGAUAGAAGGCGCUCAAGGUCAAGAGAGAGGAGACGUCAUAGGAGUAGAUCUCGUGAUAAGAGAAGUCGUAGCAGAGACAGAAGGCACAGUAGAAGUAGGGAAAGGAGCCGACACAGUAGAAGACAUUCUAGGAGUCGAGACAGGGACCGUGACAGGGACAGGGACAGGGACAGGGAAAGGGACAGAGAUAGAGAUAGAGAUAGAGAUGGAGACAGGCAUAGGUCACGUAGUAAAUCCAAAAGAUCUCGAUCAAACAGUGAAGAUCGUAAACGUACCAGAGAGAGAAGUUCAAGCCCAAGAAGAAAAGACAAAAGACUGGAUUCUGCAACAGAAGACAUGGACAUGGUAGAAGAGAGAACAAACAGAAACGAAGGUGACUGAUCUUCUGAAAACAGGUGAGUGUUGUAUAUUAAUAAUGUGUAGACAGCUACACACUGUUCUGCAGGUAAGUGG